UUUCGCUUUCGUCACUUGAAGACAAAGUCAUGUGUCGUGGCGUACAAUUGUCAUAAAUCCAUGUGUUUGCAAAAGAUUCGUGCGGUGUGUCUUGUCUUGGACAGUCUUUAGACUACCGUUCUAGUCCAAUAGUCUUAACUUUGAUGAAACCUUCGGAAUUAACCUGUAAUAUGUAUUUGCCAAAUCAAUAAACAACCCUUCAAUCAAAACUUCAACAUUUGUUAGCAAAUAAAAAAAUCAUAUUGUGUACUUGACAAAAAGAAUGGUGUCCAAAAGAAAUGAAAGAAAUUUUAGUUUACAAUCAUUACACUCAAGUCCUAGUGAAGGUCUAUCACCAGGAACCAGAGCACCAAUGACAUCACCAUCAAACCAACCAUCUUCACCAAGAUCAAAUGGCAAUUCGUUUAUCGAUGGAGGAUCACCACUUUCUCCAAGUGAAACAAUAAACAGCUCCUUGAAUUCUACUACUUCCCCGGUUGGAGAUUCACGUAUUCCCCGACCAUCCCCAACAGCUUUGCGACGUUCUUCAAGCAUGCGCGUACGAGGGGAACGCGUGUCUCAUCAUUUACGCACAAGUUCUCUUGGGUUAAAUUCCUCGUAUCAACAUCAUCACAGAAACAAUUAUAUCCACCAACAACCGGAUAUAUUUCCUGCAAUCACGGAGAAUGGUGUGGAUUCACCUCGACAUCGAUCUCUUAGCCUCUCACUGACACCAGCAAGGCCGCGUUUAGGACACGCGGCGACUGGAAGCGGCACAGGGGAAUUUGGAUUAGCAGAUGAUAGUGAUGUUGACAGCGUCAAGAGUUAUGGUAGCGCUUGUAGUACAGCAAGUGCAUGCGAUCACGCACACUUUGCCCGUAACGGUACCACGUGGUCAGGUCGAUCUCGUAAAUAUGUUGUUCAUUGCUCCAAUUAUAAUGGAGAUAGUGAACAUUAUCUGACACCGACUCAACGGGCUGCACGGCAAAUUAGGAAAUUUCAAUCACUUUUGAAUAUAGCCAGGGAAAAAAUUGAAGAAAAAGACCAGGAGAUAUUGAGACUGACUAAGGAAGUAGUAGAAUUGAGGCUUUAUAAAGCUUCACUAAAUAGUCCAGAUGAUAGAACAGACAGUAGUGAUGCUUUAACCGUCCGAGAAAAUAAUCCUUUCUCACCUGAAUCACCUUGUAAAGAUCUUCCAGAAGAAAAUGAAGCUUCUAGCCCAAAAACUCCUGAAAAACGUCCAAAUAACACUAAUGAAUUUAGUGAAUUUCCUGUAUCAUUAGCAGAUUCUGGACACUUUGAAGAUGAGUCGAUUACUUUGAAAGAUUCCACUGAAGUAACGGUUGUUGAUAGUUCAAUUACUCCGAAGAAAGAAAAUGAGAAUACUUUUGUUAAUGUUUUAUCGGACGAUGCUAGGCAAAAAAUUAUUGAUCAUUAUGAAAGUCAAAUUGAAGAAAUGCAUCGAAGACAUAUUGAUGAAAUACAGGAGUUGAAACAAAAACAUAAUGACAAGAUGGAGAGUCUACUAAGCCAAUUUUCCGAGUUAAAUACUCGUUUCUGUGAAUUACGUCCGUCCUUGGAUGCUGCAGAAGCAAAAGUUAGAGAGUUGGAGGCUGAGCUUGAACGGAAGAAAGUACAACUUGAUGAACAAAAGGUUUUGUUUGACGAACAGGAAGAGAGGAAUAAGCAAAUGUACCUGAAAAUGUAUGCGAAGGGUCAAGAAGCUGCGAGGCUUGAAAAAAGUGAUCCAAUUUUAGAACAAGCUCAGGAAAUAACACCGAAAGUCUCAGUAACCGAGUUAUUGCAACAAUUAAGUGUCACACAAGCUGAAUUGGAGAACGUUAAGGGUGCAAGUUACUUGCCACAACUUCACAUUUCAGCCGAUCGUAGCCAAUGUUUAUUAAGUGCUCAAGAGGCUGUUUCUCUUUGGGUUCUUGCUACACGGAAGGCGAUGUAUAGGAGAAUAGUGGAGUCACGUAACAAUGCAGCAAUUGAUCCAGAAAUAACUUUACAGUUCCUCAAAUCUGCUAUAUAUUAUUUCUUAACUGAUAAAGAAAAUCAUCACGGCCACUUAAAUGCAAUCGAAAGCAUACUUGGGUUCACAGACAAUGAAAAGCUCAACAUUGACCGGAUUUAUGGGUCAAGUCGAAAGUAAUUUUAAAGUAAAAUGAUACUGUGAUGAUAAUAUUAAAGAUGAGCAUACUGACGCUAUUAACACACCAACGAGGAUCAUCGGUGCUGAGUCUCUUCUUGAUAUAAUUAUUAUUUUUUCUAAAAUUAAUUUAUCAAUGAACUGACAAAUUUUACACUAUUUACACAAAUACAUCGCACGUUUAAUAUGCACAAUAUACACUAAAUUACACUUAUUUCUAUCUAACACCUUCCACUUUAUAUACUAUAUUUUUAUUUUGUUAGUUCAGAGAUUUUUUUUUCAAUCAUUUUUUGGUUACAAAUGAAAAUGUACCUUUUUUUUUGUGUAGAAAUUAUUAAGUUAAUUUGAAGAGAAUCAACACCGUAUGUAAAUAGUUAGUAAGGUCAACUCAGCUAUUGAUUAGCUGCAUAUUUAAUGGACAGUAUGUAGGGGGAAAAUUAUAAUUAUGGUCAAAAUUAUUUGACAGAGCUCUUUAGAUAUUUUAUCUCUUAUAGAAUAAAAAAUUAAUUAGAAAAUACUGAAACAAAAUUAAACGACACAAUUAGAAUUGACUUUUGAAUAUAUAUUAGAUUUUUUUUAAAUCUAUCAAAAGAUCCAAUAAAUUAUAUUAAAUAGUUUUUAAUUAGUCAAAUUGUUUUUGCUAAUUUUGAUCAACAAUUGUACAUACUUUACGUUUAAUAUUGAGAAUAAUGAGAGUUUAAGCAUUUUUGAAUAGAUAUUUGCAAUAUAUUCCUUAAAUUUUCAAUAUUUAUAAUGGACUAUUGCAAUCUAGUAUUUGAGAAAUUUGCUAAUUGUUAAUUUAUAAAAUAAUUUCACGGCUGUGUUUGCUCACAAUUGCAACACUAAUAUAUACAUAUAUACAUAUGAAUAAAUUUAAUUUAUGUCAAACAUAAUAAAACAUAUAUUUACAAUGAAAGUUUCAUAAGAUUAUGUAGAUUUUAUUGGAUAGUAUAUCCUAUUGGGGGAUAAAAGGAUGUUGAUUGAGACUGAUAAUGAAAAAAAAUAUUUUGCCUUCAAUAUCAAGUAUGAAAUAAUUAAUUCAUUGUCCUUCAUUUCAUGUGUUGUAAAAAGAAGAUUUUUCUAUAAAAAUCCUCGCCCUAUACUUACUAGCUCUUGGGUUUGCUUAGGAUUUACUUGAUUAUGUUACAAUAAAAAAAAGAACGACAAAAGAAUUGAAGUUCUACUUUGAUGAGAAGAGAGUAAUUGAAUAAUAAAACAAUUUAUUUAUAUCAUAUAAUAAAUAAACAAUUAUGAACCAAAA